CGUCCAGGGAGCUGCGCCGUCCACCGGUCCGUCUGCCCGCAGGCCCUGCCGGAGCCAGCCGAGCCGCGGAGCCUCGGGCCGAGGGGGCGUCGCGGGCCCAAGAUGCUCCCCUGUGCCUCCUGCCUCCCGGGCUCUCUCCUGCUUUGGGCGCUGCUGCUGUUGCUCUUGGGGGCAGCCUCUCCCCAGGAUUCAGAGGAGCCGGACAGCUACACGGAAUGCACAGAUGGCUAUGAGUGGGACCCUGACAGCCAGCACUGCCGGGAUGUCAACGAGUGCCUGACCAUCCCCGAGGCCUGCAAGGGGGAGAUGAAAUGCAUCAACCACUACGGGGGAUACUUGUGCCUGCCCCGCUCAGCUGCUGUCAUCAACGACCUGCAUGGCGAGGGGCCCCCACCACCAGUGCCCCCGGCUCAGCACCCCAACCCCUGCCCUCCAGGCUAUGAGCCCGAUGAGCACGAGAGCUGUGUGGACGUGGAUGAGUGUGCCCAGGCCCUGCACGACUGCCGUCCCAGCCAGCAGUGCCACAACCUGCCCGGCUCCUACCAGUGCACCUGCCCCGAUGGCUACCGGAAGGUCGGGCCUGAGUGUGUGGAUAUAGACGAAUGCCGCUACCGCUAUUGCCAGCACCGCUGUGUGAACCUGCCGGGCUCCUUCCGCUGCCAGUGCGAGCCAGGCUUCCAGCUGGGGCCCAACAACCGCUCCUGUGUGGACGUGAACGAAUGCGACCUGGGGGCCCCGUGUGAGCAGCGCUGUUUCAACUCCUACGGGACCUUCCUGUGCCGCUGCCACCAGGGCUAUGAGCUGCACCGGGACGGCUUCUCCUGCAGCGAUAUUGACGAAUGCAGCUACUCCAGUUACCUCUGCCAGUAUCGCUGCGUCAACGAGCCGGGCCGCUUCUCCUGCCACUGCCCGCAGGGCUACCAGCUGCUGGCCACCCGCCUCUGCCAAGACAUCGACGAGUGCGAGUCAGGGGAGCCCCAGUGCUCCGAGGCCCAAACCUGCGUCAACUUCCACGGGGGCUACCGCUGCGUGGACACCAACCGCUGUGUGGAGCCCUACGUGCAGGUGUCUGACAACCGCUGUCUCUGCCCGGCCUCCAACCCCUUGUGCCGGGAGCAGCCCUCGUCCAUCGUGCACCGCUACAUGAGCAUCACCUCGGAGCGCAGCGUGCCGGCCGACGUGUUCCAGAUCCAGGCCACCUCGGUCUACCCCGGCGCCUACAACGCCUUCCAGAUCCGCGCCGGGAACGCGCAGGAGGACUUCUACAUUAGGCAAAUCAACAAUGUCAGCGCCAUGCUGGUCCUUGCCCGGCCGGUGACGGGCCCCCGGGAGUACGUGCUGGACCUCGAGAUGGUCACCAUGAACUCCCUCAUGAGCUACCGGGCCAGCUCCGUGCUGAGACUCACUGUCUUCGUGGGGGCCUACACCUUCUGAGAAUGGGUGGGGGACCCGCCA